AUUCGUAACGCCGCCUACCCCACAAUCAACUUAGUCUAUCCAAGUCCGCCUUACAUCUUCGUUGAUGACUUCGAGAGACGUCACGAGCAGACUGCGGGAAAGCGUUUGGAAUGGUAGUAUACCUCUAGAAGUGCGGUUGCACAAUGGAGAUUGCAGAACCUACGAUGAGUCUGAUCCAUACAUGAUCCAAUUCCCAAGACUUUCAUAUCUCGGUUUACUCAUCCACAGACUACACGCCUUCUUUUCACCAAAUCUGAUCUAUCCUGAUAUUUCUCCAGCAGAUCUGUGGCUAUCGUACGAAGGUGUACCAUUAAAGUGGCAUUACCCUCUCGGUUUGCUGUACGAUCUCUACUCUGGAGCAGAGCCAGCGUAUCCAUCAGACCCAUCAUCGCCAACUCACAAACCCGAAAAGCCAGAAGACGAGCACCGCCACCUACCGUGGAAGCUUACAGUCCACUUUUCCGAUUAUCCUACAGAGCAGCUCGUCCGGCUUGACAUCGAAGACAAAGUCAUGCACGACCUCUUCAGAAACAGUGUCAAGGAAGCCGACUACUUACGCACCGGAACUGGAAAGACUGUCAUGUUUCUAAGUGAAAAGGACAGCACACAGCUCUGGAUUGCAGUCAAGCAACAUGACUUCUCGCUCUAUAACCCUAUUAAUCAGAAGCUGCUGAACCCUCAAGGUGCCGCAUUACGACACCUGCCAGUGCGGAUCUACCUUCCACAUGCUGCGAAUAGCAGCGAGCAGAAGGGAACCAGUCCCGGCAGCUUAAGGGUUGUACAGAGUCUAGUGACGCCAAAUCUCUCGCCUCGACAACCACAAACUAUUGGCACAGCAUUGAAUCAAAUCCUUCCAACACUGUUCCCCAGCAGACGCAGUCCCCUCCUAGCACAGGCAGUUCUGCAUGGUGCAGUCCUGCCUCUGAGUGCUAAUGUCGAGGACCUAGUGCGCGCAACUGCGUACCUGGAUGGCUGGCUUCACAUUGCUGUGGUGAUGAUGGCGUAGGGUUGAUGCUUGUAAGCUACAUAGGGCUAAUAAUGCGAA